CGGGCUUUUCUUGCUAGAAUGCUGGUCGUUUUCUAUUACGUGCUCGUCGCCUUCUCAUUUCUUGGUAAAGGUGCACCUAGCCCACAAAGUUUGAAUGACCUGGAUCAGAAUAGUUACAACCCCCCAGUGCAGAGCCAGUUUGGAGGUGAGGGCUCUGCGAGAACAUUUUCCCUAGGAUCCGGACCUCAAGAAGCAAAAAUGCGAUGGAAUUUUAAAGGACUUGAAAUCGGUAGUUCGCCAAUCCAGAUGAGCUCAGCUCAAUCAAAUAUUCUUCAAGCAAGUUUACAGGGAUCUCAAGCAAGAUAUGUGCUUAUUGAUCGUCAACCGUCACUCCCAGAUCCAAACAUUGUAGUUGUUUCCCAGCCACUCCAGGCAGGACAGGCCACGUACUUGGGAUCCCAGCCCAGAUUCGUGCUCAUUGAUCGUCAAUCAACACAAACUCUUAACUGUGGCAUUGAGUCUCUACCAAACAUGCUUGUAGAAACCCUUUCCACCGCUCAAAUACAAAAGUCGAUACAGUCGCAGUCUCAGUCAGAGUCAAAGUCGAUGUCACAGUCACAAUUCCAAGGUCAAGCGCAAUUAGAGGCAUUGGCACAAGUACAAGCGCAAGCACAAGCACAAGCACAAGCGCAAGCACAAGCACAAGCGCAAACAAAAGCUCAAGAACAAGCGCAAGCACAAGCGCAAGCACAAGCGCAAGCACAAGCGCAAGCACAAGCGCAAGCACAAGCGCAAGCACAAGCGCAAGCACAAGCGCAAGCACAAGCGCAAGCACAAGCGCAAGCACAAGCGCAAGCACAAGCGCAAGCACAAGCGCAAGCACAAGCGCAAGCACAAGCGCAAGCACAAGCGCAAGCACAAGCGCAAGCACAAGCGCAAGCACAAGCGCAAGCACAAGCGCAAGCACAAGCGCAAGCACAAGCACAAGCACAAGCGCAAGCACAAACGCAGUUACAGACGCAAGGUCAAGCGCAAAUAGACACAUUGGCACAAUCAGAAGCGCUAGAGCAAGCACAAGUACAAGCGCAAGCGCAAGCACAAGCACAAGGACAAGCACAAGCUCAAGCGCAAGCAGAAGCGUUGGCACAAGCUCAAUCUCAAACGCUUGCGCAAGCGAAAGGUCAAUCGAAUAUGUACACUAACCUAAACAAUGCAAAUCAGAGAAAUAUAAACAUAAAUAAUUUGGCUAUUGGUAUUGAGCAACAUGAUCGUUGGCAAUACAUUUCGCAAGCGGACAUCGAGGCAGACGCCAAGCUGCAGACGACGAGCUUGAUCCAGAAAUAUGGUUACCCAUCAGAGACCCAGUUCGCUUACACGGAGGAUGGGUUCAAGCUCGGUAUGCAUCGUAUUCCUCGACAUGGAGCUCAACCAGUCCUUCUGGUCCACGGCCUAAUGUCUAGUUCGGCCUCCUGGGUGCAGUUCGGUCCGUCCAGUGGCCUGGCCUACAUCCUCUACCGAAAGGGCUACGACGUCUGGAUGCUCAAUACCAGGGGAAACGUGUACUCGAGUGAGCGCGUACGAGCUGACCCGACCUACAGGGACUACUGGGACUUUACGUUCCACGAGAUCGGCCAGUUCGAUUUACCCGCUGCCAUCGAUUUGAUCCUACAGCAGACCAGCAUGCCGAGCAUCCAGUACAUUGGCCACUCCCAAGGCUCCACCGUAUUCUUUGUGAUGUGCAGUGAGAGACCCGAGUAUGCCGCCAAGGUGAAGCUCAUGCAGUCCCUGUCCCCAACGGUCUUUUUGCAAGGAACGCGCAGUCCAGUGCUCAAGUUCAUGGGCAUGUUCAAGGGUGGCUGGUCGAUCCUGAUGAAUCUACUGGGCGGCUACAAGGUGUCCCUGAACACCAGGCUCAUCGCACAGUUCCGCAACCACAUCUGCUCCGCCUCCCGACUCACCAGUCGCAUCUGCGCCCUCUUUGAGUUUGUAAUCUGCGGCUUCAACUGGCAGGGCUUCAACGAGACCCUUACCCCCAUUGUGGAGGGUCACGGCUCGCAAGCCACCUCCGCCAAGCUGAUCAACCACUUCGCCCAGAUGCAGGGCAAAGCUGUGUUCCAGAAGUACAGCUACGGCCGCGUCCUCAAUCGCAUGCUCUUCAUGUCCUGGUCCCCACCCCUCUACAACCUCUCGGCGGCCAUCAGCAAGGUGGCACUCCACCACGGCGCAGGCGACUGGCUGGGAUCGGAGUCCGACGUGAAGCGGCUGGAGGCGCAGCUGCCCAACUGCAUCGAGAAUAGGAGAGUGGCAGCCCAGGGCUUCGCCCACUUCGACUUCACCAUUUCUUCGAACGUGCGACCCCUCCUCUACGAUCGCGUCCUUGAGCUUUGCUCGUCACACCGCUAAAUUUUAGACAAGUUAAAAUAGCUUAUAAGCCAUAUUUUAACACAGCAUUAAAAAGUUGGGCUUUUUACGCAGAUAGGGAAUGUAGAGUCUUCUUUAUACAAUGGCUCUGUAUCGGUUUAAAUUUAUUUUACAAUAAGCCAUAUAUAAUAAAGUAUUAAAAUACAGAAGUGUAUUAAGGUACGGGAUCUUCUUCCAAAAAAUA